UUUUCCUUCUGCUGAAUUUGCGGCUUGUGAUCGCUGGUUCCGGUUGCUGAUUUUUGCUAUGUUGUCUGAUGGAUGCAGAAGAUCGUGCUGAAGCUGGACCUGCACGAUGACAGGCAGAAGCAGAAGGCGCUCAAGGCCGUCUCCACUCUCCAUGGCAUCGACGAGAUGUCCGUGGACAUGAAGGCGCAGAAGAUGACGAUCGUCGGCGCCGCCGACCCCGUCGCCGUGGUGGGCAAGCUGCGCAAGCUCUUCCCCGCGGCGCUCAUCGUCUCCGUCGGCCCGGCCAAGGAGGAGAAGAAGGAGGGCGACAAGAAAGACGGCGGGGACAAGAAGGACGGCGACAAGAAAGACGGCGACAAGAAGAAAGACGGCGACAAGAAGGAGGACGCGAGCAAGCAGCUGGUGUACCCGCCGUGGUACCCGCCGCCGUACGGCUACGGGCCGCCGCCCCAGCCCUACCCUCAGUUCGUCAUCCGCAGCGCCGAGGAGGACCCAAACUCCUGCGUCAUCUGCUGAUCCCUUGUCAGGCAUCCCUGCUUGUACAUUUCUAGCUGGCCUGCCCUGCG